CUUUUGAUAACCCCUCUCUUUCCGCUCUCAUGCUAUCAUAUUUUCUCCCAACAACCCCUGCUGCUAUUCGGUUUGCUAAAAAACCGAACCCAUCAAUUACCGCUCGAUUACGUCUCUUCAAAGUUCAAACCAUUAGCUUCUGCAAUUUGACAGCCUGAAGAAAGAGAAGAUCACAAAAAGAGGAAAAAUGGUCUCUGAGCUAAUAAAUGCCAAUCCGGUCAUCUACGAAAAGAAAGAGCGUCGGGUUCGUAGUGUCCCAACUGCUGCUGCAGAUGAAUAUGCUGUUGAACCCAUUGACCAACAAGAAAUUUUUGAUCACAUUAGAGAUAUAAAAGACCCGGAACACCCUUACUCGUUGGAGGAGCUCAAAGUAAUUACAGAGGAUGCAAUUGAAGUAGACGAUGGUCGUGGUUACAUCAGGGUCACAUUUACUCCUACCGUCGAACAUUGUAGUAUGGCAACGGUUAUUGGUCUUUGCUUACGUGUUAAACUCUUAAGGAGCCUGCCUUCUCGUUACAAGGUGGAUAUUAGGGUGGCACCAGGAUCUCAUGCAACUGAAGCUGCUGUUAAUAAGCAAUUGAAUGAUAAGGAACGGGUGGCAGCAGCACUGGAAAAUACAAGCCUUUUGGAUAUGGUUGAUGAAUGCAUUUCUCCUUCAUAUGAGUGAAUAUGCGGACUAAUUCUAAUUGACUGAACCAGUCAUCAGUAUAAUACUUUUCUUCCCUGUUAUUUAUGCAUUUUGUUGCCGCUUCUGCUUUUCUUAUUUGAGUGGCCAGUUAUAUGGGAAUGACAGAUUAAAAGAAAUGAUGUCCAUUGCUCAAAAUUGUGAGCAUUUGAUUCUUGUCCCAUGAAAUCUGUAUUGUAAUACCACAGAAUAGCAUUAGUUUAUGUGAUAUGAUUUAAUUUAAUUA